UAAGUCCUCGUGAAAUAAAAAGUAUACCUACGAGGUAAAUAACAAAUUAUGUGGAUGCAACUAUUCUAGUGGUAGAUAUAACUCUACCCAAAGGAAGUAAAAAAAAAUAAUUGUACGAGCUAAAAUAUUUUUGGUUGGUGUUAGUUACUAGUGUGGAAUGCCUUAAUUAAUAUUUUUUUUUAUCAAAGAUUUUUUAAUGGCUUUUGUUUUUACAUUCUAACAGGUUUAAUACCAGAGGAGAUUGGUGAACUUCGAAAUAUGAGGAGGUUAUCACUUUCUGUUAAUAACUUUAUGGGUCCCAUUCCAACAUCAAUCUUUAAUAUCUCAUCAUUGGAGAUAUUGUCACUUGCAGCAAAUCAAUUGUUAGGCAAUCUUCCUUCAAAUACAGGACUUUGGCUACCCAAUCUCAAUACCCUCUAUCUUGGAGGAAAUAAACUCGGUGGAGUUAUUCCUGAUUCAAUCUCAAAUGCUUCUAAACUCAUUACUUUAGACCUCAGUGAAAAUGCAUUUAUGGGUUUGAUUCCAAAAGCUCUAGGUAAUUUACAACUACUCGAAUUCCUCAACCUGGCAAAAAACAAUUUGAGAUCAUCUCCCGAAUUGAGCUUUGUCACUUCCUUUGCAAAUUGCAAACAAUUAAAAGAACUUGGGAUAAGUUUCAAUCCUCUAAAUGGCAUUCUUCCAACAACCAUUGGAAAUCUCUCAGCUUCCCUCGAGAACAUUUAUGUAGAUUCUUGUGGAAUCAAAGGCAACAUUCCUAGUGAAAUUGGUAAUUUAAGUAAUUUGGCAUUCUUGCGUCUACAGCAAAAUAAUUUGAUCGGAUCCAUUCCCUCAACAGUCAAAGUGUUGGGAAAGCUUCAAAUAUUGUAUCUUUCCAACAACAGACUGCAAGGGUCUAUGCCAGACGAUUUAUGUAAUUUCAAGAACAUGGGUGAUCUACGAUUGAACCGUAAUGAACUUUCCGGAUUGAUUCCUGAAUGUUUGGGGAAUAUUACAUCUCUAAGAUAUCUCUACCUCGACUCCAACAAAUUAUCUUCUAGCAUACCUACAAGCUUGAGGAAUCUCAAAGAUAUCUUGGAAAUUAAUAUGUCCACAAAUUCUUUAAAUGGCAAUCUGCCACUGGAGCUUGGGAAUUUGAAGGUUGCAAUACUUAUAGAUUUGUCAAUGAAUCAAUUCAUAGGCGAAAUCCCAAGCAUAAUUACAGGUUUGCAAAACUUGGUUAAUCUUUCAUUGGCGUACAACAGGUUACAAGGGCCUAUACCUGACUCAUUUGGCAACAUGGUGAGCUUGAAAUUCUUAGAUUUAUCCCAUAAUAACCUCUCUGGUGUGAUCCCCAAGUCGUUAGAGACACUGUCUCAUCUUUCAUAUCUCAACGUUUCUUUCAACAAGUUAAGAGGACAAAUUCCAAUUGGGGGACCUUUUGCAAACUUCACAAUUCAAUCUUUCAUGUCGAAUGAAGCAUUAUGUGGUGCACCAAAGUUUCAAGUCCCACCAUGUCAUAUUGGUUCCCCUAAUCAUUUGAGGAAAAAAAGAGUGGCUCUAGUUUUAUAUAUUUUGUUGCCUAUUGCAUUCAUACUACUUGCCACAACCUUUGUAUUCUUGUUGACAAGAUCCCGAAAAAGAAACAAAACUCCAGCCAAUUAUGAUCUCUUACCAACAACAACACCUCCAAGAAUCACAUACCAACAACUUUUCCAAGCAACUAACGGGUUUAGUAAGAGCAACUUGCUUGGUAUGGGAAGCUUUGGUUCAGUAUACAAAGCUAUCCUUGAAGAUGCCACAAUUUUGGCCAUAAAGGUAUUCAACUUGGAAGUAGAAGCUGCAUUCAAGAGUUUCGACAUAGAAUGCGAGAUAAUGCGAAGCAUUCGUCAUCGCAAUCUUGUUAAGGUCAUUAGCAACUGCUCCAACCUUGAUUUCAAAGCUUUGGAAUUCGAAUAUAUGCCUAAUGGGAGUCUUGAAAAAUGGUUGUAUUCUUACAACUAUUUCUUAGAUAUGUUACAGAGGUUAGACAUAAUGAUAGAUGUGGCAUGUGCUUUGGAGUAUCUUCACCAUGCCUAUUCAACGUCGUUGGUUCACUGUGAUUUGAAACCCAGGAAUAUCCUAUUGGACAAAGAUAUGGUUGCACAUGUCAGUGAUUUUGGCAUUGCAAAAUUAUUAGAUCUGGGGGAGAGUGUCAUACAUACAAAGACUAUAGCGACAUUUGGAUAUAUUGCACCAGGUGACUUCCAACUUUUAAUUUAUAUUCACUUUUUUUUUUUUGUGAGUGUGUGUGUGUGUGUGUUUUCUAUAUAUGUUUCCAGUUUAUAUAUAUAAUCAUGUACUUCUCAUAUAAUACCACAAAAUUUCAAACUAAUUUCUAUCAAGUUUUUUUUAUAAAAAAAGAUCUCUAUUAAGUAAUAUAAAAAAUACAAUAAGCCUUGCAAUUUUGAUAUAAAUAUAUUGACCUCCCCUUUAAUAAUAGAAAAAUUACUUUUUGCCCUUACAAAUUAUAUUUUUUUUUUAUUUCUCAAAUUUAACA